AUGGUCAGUCGCUUUCAUUUUGGAGGCAAUCCGUUCAUAAUCAAGCUGAUCAACCAUUUCAAUUCAUGCGACACGUUGAAUUCAUUGUAUUUUCUUCAUGAACGAUUCUCGGCUAUACACUGCCUUGCAUAUCCGUUUUACGACUCUCAAAUGUCCAUCGGUCAAGCCGUCGAUGUUACUACCGAAACCAACGCAUCUCAUUUGGUGGCUAUUCUUAUAGAGGCACUCUUUUCUUCUAAGGGCUAUCAGAAGAUUGGCUGCCUUUGUGCACUGAAAGAACUGACUCAGCACUUCCCACCUACCCGUUUUAAAAGUUCGUGGUUUAUUGUUUCGUCAGGAAAAGGAAUAAAGGCCCUUGGUCUUUUGAAGCUUCUAAUCGAGAUGAUGGAAGUAUGCCCCGGAGAAAACGAUCCGUUUCUUUUUUAUGAAGUUCUGUUUAAUCUCCUUGGCAAUUUGUUCUGUGGUUGUGCUGAAUUGUCGGUGGAACAGAAAACAGCCAUCCGUCGAGAGCGAUUUCCUUUGCUGGAAGAUGAGAUGUUGGCCAACGUUGCAUUUGAGCUGUUGCAUUACUGCAUACAGAUAUUAAACAUGUACUGGACCAUAAUGCAGAAGUCCAACGUUUCCACCGCGUUUGGCACAUUGACGAAAGGAUCAUUCUCCAAUCCCAUUAUUCCUUCUGUCAGUCGAUUGAAGUACUCUCCUACUACUAAAAACGAGCCAAAGUCUACCCUUGAAAAACAAGACCAACCAAUCAUUUUUCCGUCUGCUAAGCAGAAAAUCGAGUUUAGCCAUUUGCCUGGCAUGGCUCAUCUGUACGAAACGCUGCAAGGAGCAUGGAGCAACUAUCGGAAUAAUUUGGAUGAAGAGGUCGUCGAUCGCUUUAUCGGUCCUUUGCGUGCUGUCUUAAAAUGCCUCUGCCAGAUUUUGGAGGUCGCUUCGUUCGAUGACAUUGCCACUUAUGUACCGGAUGUACUUAAUUACAGUACAAAGAUAAUGUUUAUUCUGCCUGAGAAUUUUACGCUGUUCAUUAUUCAGAUAUUGAAAUCUUUGUUUGGAACGAACAUUGCUCUGAUGAAAGCUCAACAGACGAAUAUCGACAGUACAUCGCAUCCUGCUUUUCGAUCCUCCAGCACCUUGAACGUCUGCUGUACUGGUGAACUUGAGGUUUUCCUUCUGAAAAUGCGCACUAGAUUUGCCCAAAUCAUGGCCUCGUUCUUGACCAGACACGACUUCAUCGAAGAAUUUCUACCCAGACAGAUCGGUUGGUUUGGAAAUCAUUGUGACAGGUACGUAGCAGAUCUUCUACAGAAUCCUGGUUUGAAGGCCCAACUGUCUGAAAUGAUCCAGUUGUUUCAGCCGGUAGUUGUGGAAGCGUUGCGUUUAUAUAAUAUCAGCGUGGAUGUCGACUUUCAGUGCUCGGUGAUUGAUCUUCUGAUUCACCUUCUGAUGGUGAAAGUGAAUUAUUCUGCGCUGGAUCCAGACCACUGUAUUUUGAACGUGUUCAACCGUCAGUUGGAGAUGAUCGUGGAAAGCGGAUGCUGUGAAGACGAUAGUCUUGUUUCGAAGAUCUUCCUGUUUUUCGUUCUGCUUCACAACGAAACGUCUAAGGGAGAAUCGGCAGUGAUUGAGAUGCCGAGGCUGAUUCAGUUAGCUGAGACCCUGAUGACUUCUGAAUCGCAAACAAGCACACUGGGACGAAAUCCAAGGUUAGCCGGAUGCCUGUGCAAGUCUUCAAACAUGAAAGUUCUACUCGAUGUCGUUAGCGAACUGUCGCAGGUGUCGGAGUUUCUUGCUUUUGAGUUAUUCUACGGAAUUGUGACUCAUUUCGCUGGAGCCUGCGAUGCAGCACCGAUUUCGUCUUUGAUUUCUAACAACCUCUUCAACGAAGUCUUCGUAGUACUGGAAUGUGAUCAUCUAAAGAGAGGGUCACUUUCUGGUUCUCUGUCAUAUUUAAAAGAUUUUAUUGCAAAGGAACUGGAAACGUUGGUGGAACUUAUUGAAGAACCUUCUGUUGAAGCUUUCAUGCAAGUGGCAUGCAAAAGUUUGGAUUUGGCGCCUGUGAUCUUCCCUUUCAUCGAGAGAACCUUACUUGGCAGCGAUUGUGAAAUCCAGAAACAAAUGAAACUGAUCGAGUUGUUGAAUGGUAUGCCAUUUAACCGGUUCAUGUGCACAAUGCAGACGGCAAUUCGGUGCCUUCAAGCGCCGCGCUUCCUCGUAAGCAAACAGUGUUCAGUGAUUGCGGAAGAAAAGUUGGAUAUUCUUAUCCGGCAGCCAGACAAGGUACUAAAAUUUCUUGCAAACCAGGCUUCAUCCAUCGACAGCGUUUGUCUUUCAUGUCAGAUCGUAAAAGCGAUAACGUGUCCAGAUGAAAUUACAGUCCUUAUGGGUAUGUUUGUACCUUCUACGGCAGUUAGGUAUGGGUAAUG